AUGGUCUGCGCCACCUGCGAGAAGAAGCAGGCGAGGGCGCUUGCUGCUCCAGACCCAUUUCGCAACCGCACUGCCUCUGGCUCCCUCAUGAGCACAAAAGCCGGCUCUUCCUCCUCAUCUUCAGCUUCCGUCCGACCCACGAACAAGCUUCUCGCUGCCAAAGGGCAGCGCUUCAACCCUAUGGCCAACCAGUGCAAGAUCUGCAAGUCGCCUACGAGCGCGGCUGGUGGAGCUGGUGGAGGAGGAGCAAAGGGAGCGCAAUAUUGCUCUUCGUGCGCGUUCAAGAGAGGAUGCUGUGCUAUCUGUGGCAAGGUCAUGUUGGACAUCAAGAAGGGGGGACACAAGAUGUCCUCGUAA